GUGAACCUGUAGGUAUUUAUUGCAGUUGUUUGUAUCCGCGACUACUGUCAGUCGAGCUGGAAGUACUGGGUCAGCAUGGAUUUGCUUCAGGAGCAACCCAAGGUGGAAUGGCUUGUUAUUGAUUUUGAGGAUGAAGAGUCCGUAUAUGUGAUGGAUGUAGAUAUGGUGUUGGAUAUAGGUGAUAGUCUAACCAUUCCAGAUGAAUUCACAGAGGAGGAGAAGACCACCGGCGUCUGGUUGAAGCAGCUUGUUGCAGGGGGCGUGGCAGGGGCAGUCUCUCGUACAGGCACCGCCCCUCUGGACAGAAUGAAAGUCUUCAUGCAAGUUCAUGCCUCGAAAUCCAACAAUAUCAGCCUGGUGGGCGGAUUCAAGCAGAUGUUUAAAGAAGGGGGUGUGGCAUCUAUGUGGAGGGGCAAUGGAGUCAAUGUUAUAAAAAUUGCCCCAGAAACUGCAAUAAAGUUUAUGGCUUAUGAGCAGUAUAAGAAACUGUUGGCAAAAGAUGGUGGUAAAAUCCAGUCACACGAGAGGUUCAUGGCUGGCUCUCUGGCUGGCGCCACCGCUCAAACAGCCAUCUAUCCUAUAGAGGUAAUGAAGACUAGACUGACUCUGAGGAAGACUGGUCAAUAUUCCGGAAUGUUUGACUGUGCCAAGAAGAUUCUGAGGAAGGAGGGAGUGAAGGCCUUUUACAAAGGCUACGUUCCCAAUAUCCUGGGCAUUAUUCCGUAUGCAGGAAUUGAUUUAGCUGUGUAUGAGACAAUGAAGAAUGCAUGGUUGUCACAUUAUGCUACAGAAACCGCUAACCCAGGUGUGGUGGUUCUUCUCGGCUGUGGAACCAUUUCCAGCACAUGUGGCCAGUUGGCCAGCUACCCUCUCGCCCUGAUCCGCACACGCAUGCAGGCACAAGCGUCUAUGGAGGGAUCAGAGCAGGUGUCCAUGACCAAGUUAGUGAAGAAGAUAAUGGAGAAGGAGGGUUUUUUCGGACUCUACCGGGGGAUACUGCCCAACUUCAUGAAAGUGAUCCCAGCUGUCAGUAUUAGUUAUGUGGUGUAUGAGUAUAUGAGGUCUGGAUUAGGAAUUUCAAAGUGAUGUAUGCCCAUUUGAGUGAGCGGUGUGAGUCUCUGUGAAAAGUCUUACAUUUGUUACAAAAAAACACCUCUUUGAAAACACCCUCCGUGAUGGGACAAAAUGUAUUGGUUAUUAACCGAAGUAUAUUUGGUUUUCAUGUUUACACUGAAUCGAAAUUGUCUCUAAGUGUAACUUGAUGGAUUUCGUAAAGAUUCCAGAGUUUCAUCUAUUUUUAUGUUUUUGUCAUUUUAUUUGUUUAUUCCCUGUGAUUUAACAAUAUAUAUAUAUAUAUAUAUAUAUACACCUGAAACAACCAAAACACUGAAGUCAUUGUAAGCAAGUGCACUACAUCUAAUGUCAGACAGACAGACAGACAGACAGACAGACAGACAGACAGACAGACAGACAGACAGACAGACAGACAGACAGACAGAUAGAUAGAUAGAUAGAUAGAUAGAUAGAUAGAUAGAUAGAUAGAUAGAUAGAUAGAUAGAUAGAUAGAUAGAUAGAUAGAUAGAUAGAGCUUUAUUAGUGUCAUUUUACAUUUUUAACUUAAUUAGGUUGGGCUUAAGCCAACAGUGUCUUUGCAUACUGCAAUUAGUACAGUUUUUUUAUAUGGUCUGUUGCAAAAUCUGGAGUAUUCUAACAUUUUCACUAAAACAGGGACCCGUGAAACAAUGCAAAAUAAGUAAUCCCAUUUCUUUGUUUUUGUUUACAUUGUUAACCAUAUUUCCACUUUUACACCUGUACAAAGAUGGCAACAGCCCAGAAUGUACUGUGACAUCAGGGUUUUUUUUCACUUUAGUGAGUUAAAAUAAAUAAUUAUCCUGUGUCAGACACUAAUUGUUUUGCACACAAUGACACAGAUAAAUAUGUGCCUUGUAAAAUUUGUUCAGAUCUCUAUGUGGGUUUCUUUUCCUCCCUGAUUGUACACUGGAAAUAUAGUGUGUUGCCUUAUA